CGUCGCCGAGUGUAUUUGUUAUUAUUAUUAUUAUUACUAUUAUUAUUACCAUUGAGUAUCGAGUACCUUCACGUCGUGUUUCAACUGCUGUAGCUAUUACUAUUACUAUUACUAUUAUUAUUUUUAGAAGACAAUUAUUAUUAUUAUCGCGUUAUCGGUGUAUAUUAUCGUCGUGUUUUUCGGCGUUCAUUUUCGAUAUCGUUCUCAGUCGUCGAGGUGCCGUGUGUGACGUCCAAACGUCCAUCGCAGGCACUCGUAACACCAGCGUUUACUCAACGCACAGCUACGUUCGUCGCCCACCGUUGGCCGACACGACAGCCGUAGACGUGUUUUCGCCAAUCGCCGACCGUGUGUGUGUGUGCCGUCCGCAUUCCGCGCGCCCGUAUAAGUGCUCGGCACGAUCGCCGCCAUAGCGUAAAACUUUCCGUCGACAUCCGCAGCCCAUUGUUCCGGAUCGGUGACGACGACGCUGGUCAUAGCCGCCGACACCGAACAAAUACCUCAGCCGCGCCGUACCGGGGGAACCGACGACGUUUGGUGCAGUUGUCUUUGUGUGUAUCGAUUAUGGCGGCAGCUGCCGUCGCCGCCGUCACUACCUUUGUCGCUGCGGCCUCAACGCGACGGGCCGUCGUCGACGCCGCCACCACCGCUAUCGCUGUCGUUGUUCGUCGUCACCGUUGCCGCCACAACAUUCCCGCGCCGUCAUUAUCGACGCCACGUUUGCGCCAACAAUAAGCGACACGAAGACAUUCGAAAGUCGGUCCUUCGACGACAUCGUCCGAACGACCGCGACUUUCCGUACCGCCAAGCCGACCGCGUAUUCUGCCGUCUCCGAGUCACCGUCCAGCGGUACCUUACUCGAGAUACCUUCAUGUUUAACGAAAAUUGUGACAUCAAUCAUAUCAAAUGCCAUAUGAGCCACUUGUUUUGUUACAUAGACUUGCGCCUGAAGACGUAAAUCAUUUGAUCCGACAAAAUCCUCCUCCACCUACCAUUACCAAUCAACCACAUAUGGGAAAUUUUGUUUCUAAUAGAAAUGCCCAUACAUUUCAAAACAAUGAAGGGAUCAACACUCAAUCACUGGAGAAGGACAUAGUCGUGAACAAUAGUAAUUUACCUUUAGAAAAUAAACAAAAAUUGACUUGUACUCGUUCAUCACCUAAAUUACGAGUUCUAAAAUCUAAUUUAAAUGGUGUAAAUAAUGACAAACUAGAAAAAGCUAAAUUUUCUAAAGAACAAAAAAGCACAAACAGUCUUAAAGGGGAAUUAUCAUUUGCUGAAAAAUCUAAACUCUUAUCAACUGAUAUUUUUAAAAAAGAAUUAGUAGUAGUUAUUGAUAAUUGCUUCGAUGACGUGAUAAGAGAAAUGGUAAAUAGUACAGCCCAACACCCAAAAACACGAAAUCCUACUAAUUCAACUGUAGCCACCAACAGCAAUACCACUAGCAAUAAUUCCGUAGCUUCAACUAGAGACUCAGCAGUUGGGAAAGAACACAUCACUGAUGACACUAUUAUGAUAACAACUACAAAAUCUCCACUAUCUACAAUAACUCCUGCCAUAGAGGUGCUUGACAAAAAAACUAAAGAUAUUUCAUUAAAUGGACAGCAGCACAUUGCUGCAGAUGAACAUGAUAAGCAGAUAAAUUGUGACAAGAUUCAUUAUGAUUCUUCAGGUCUUAGUUUGCGUACAAGGACUAUAUCGUCAACAGCAAUACCUACAUUAUUGCACCAUACAACUGUCUCUGGAUCAAAUUCUGCACAACCUAAUUGUUCUACUUCAUCAGUUACUACUCCUGCUCCAAGACCUAGGGGUCGGCCCCCGAGACGAAAAAAUCUCAAGCGUAUUGCUGAUAGAAAAGCACAGCAACAAGCCGCUAGUAAAUUAUCAGAAGAGAGUGAAGUCUGUGAUUUAACGACAUCAGUUACUGAAGUAGAAUCAGCAGCAAUUGGUUUGGAGCGUUUGCAGCAACAGCAAAAGUCUUUAAAUGAAUGUGAUAGUAUUGAAAUUUUUGACGAUGACGAAGAAAAUAGUGAAAAGAUUGUUACCUAUAUUAAAGCUGUUACAGAUAAUACACAUUCAGUACUGUCACCAGAAGUUGAUAAAGAUGAAGAUUGUAUUAUUGUAGAGAUACCAUUUAAAAAGAAAAGUAAUAAUCGUAAAAGGAAACAAUCUGAUAUUGGAGAAACUAUUGCUGAAAAGCGCCUCUUUAUAUCUGAUGAUUCUAAAGAUUUAUUAGUGGAAAAAAAUAUAUUAGAGAAAUCUUCACUGCCAGACAAAUCAGACUCUGAUUUAGUCAAGUAUGGUUUCUUAGCUGGUUGUAAUAUUUUUGAACCUUACAGACAAUAUACUGAUUUGAAGUCAUCCUCUUCAAAUUGUCAUUCAAUUUUAUAUGGUCGGACAUAUUGGCCAACAAGUUGGGAAUAUUCAGCGGCAUCACUCACAGGUCAUGUUCAAAAAAAAACAUCUAAAGAAGCGUUACGUAAAAUAAGAUUGAUUUCUGGGGGAGCCACCAGUAAAACUAACAAUAGCUUGGUAUCAACAUCACUAAAAACCAAUUCUACAAUAAAAAAGUAUCAAACAUCAAUUCUGCAAAGACGUGGUAGUGCUUGCAAAUCAACAGCAAUAGCUCCUGUUGAAGUGUCAGGUGGUACAAGACAUCCUUCAACAUCAGCAAUUAUUGUAAAACGACAAAAAGGUCGGCCUCCUGGUAGAAAAAACAAGAUAUUACAAGCUGUUAUAAAAUCAAAUAGUCCGCGGAAGUCACCACGCCAACAUGCAUCUACUUUAGCAGCAAUUUUGUCAAGCAAAGCUGGAAAUCAUGACAAAGUCGGAAAUCAGCAGCCUGAUAAACUAGAGGCAGAUGUAGAAAUUGACAAAAAUUCUUUAGACAUGGAUGUUCCAUGCUUAUUGAAGAUGUCUGUGCCGAAUUAUGAACAUAUGUCAGGAUUCCGUCAUCAUAGACAUCGUCGGCAAUUAGAUAACAAACGUAUCAUUAAGCGUCGUCGUCGUCGUCGUUCAACUACUCCACCUCCACCAAAACUGUGUGCUCAACAACCAGCUCCACAAAGAAUUUCUCUGAAUACUGCUAUAGAUCAAGAAAGAGUGAAAUUGCGUACAAAACAUGUGGAUGUAGUUAGAAGGCGGGCAAGGGAUGAGAGAUUACGUGCAUCAUUUGUGUGUCAGCAAUUACACAAGGUACAAGAAAUAGCCGAACAAAACCGUCGUAAAAUAGCCCAAGAGGUUAUACAAACUAAUGAUGAAAAUAAAGAAGACUACCAGUUUUCAAGUAAUGCAAUAAUAUUACCAUUUGAAAGUGAUCAAGAUCAAAUUUGGUCUCAAAUUACUGAUAGUAAUCGAGAACCUGAUAAUAUGUGUUUACAAAUAAUGUAUGAACAAACUGCUGACAAGAGGUUUUUAUAUACUAAUUUAACAGAUGAAACUUUGCAAAUGUAUUAUCAACAACGUGAAUUAGCUCUAACUGAACGUUUAACAAGCAAUUAUUGUGGUGAAACUUUGUCUUCCGAUAUAGGUACCGACAUGAUAUCAACAUCUAAUAAGCGAAAGAAAAAACGGCCAAAUAUGACUGGUUGGCCAAAAGAAAAACGUCGAAAAAUUAUAGCUACAUCAUCUAUAAACACUAUCGUAGAUGAUCUAAAUGAUGAUAGUGAUGCAGAGAGAGAUGAUAUUGCCAAACGUCGAAGAGCAGCAGCAGCAGAACAACAGAGACUCAGACGUCAACGUAUAAAAUUAGAGCAGCAGCAACUACUCAAAGAAAAAUCCAAGGUUAAAGUGAGAGCUACUUCACCUAAACGAAGAGGUCGAAGACCAGGGCGCCCUCGACGUCCUGGCCCUAUUAAAAAAAAUAAAACUGCAAUAUACCGACGUAACAAUAGUGUGAGUAGUAAUGGUACAACAGCAAGUAGCAAUACCAGUAGUAAUACUACUAUUAAAGUAAAAAAAGUAAGAAAACCAAGAAAACAACGUACACCUGCACAAAAUAAAACUGCAGCAACAGUUUCUGUAACAACUGAUACACCAAAUACGGUUGUAAAACGUAGAUGUGGAAGGCCUGUUGGAAGUAUUGGUCGAAGACAAAGAUUAAAAUUAGAGAUGCUGCAACAGAAUUGUCAAAACCAAACAUCAUCCUCUGAACAACAAAAAGAAAAUGUUGUCCAGCAACAGUCUAGUACAGGUAAAUUGAAAUGUGUUAUAUCAACACGUAAUAAUCGUAUGAAAUUAUUGUCGACCUCUAGCAGAAGUCCUUCUGCAGCAUCAAGUCAAAAGAAAACGAUGAUUACAAGUAAAACUAAAAAGUCGACUGCUGCAUAUAAUUUAACGUCUUCAUGUUUAACAUCACUGCCAUCAUCACAGGUGACAGUGGUAGGUAAAAUUACUAGAACAACAACCAAAAGAAGAAGACUUCAACAGCAUCAACAAACUGCUACAGCUACGGUUACAUGGGAUGUUGGAAGACCUAAAAGAUAUCAUUCAACCAACCAUAGUAGGAAUGCUAGUAGUGUAGUUGUUGAAGAAGACUGUUGUUUUGUUGGAUCUCAACCAUUUGAACAACAUUGUCCAGGUGGUGGAGGUGGCUUAAGUCAUAAUACCGUGCUUGAAAAUCAUGAUCACCAAAAAGAAAACACAGUACACGGUGGUUUAUAGUAGAUACUACAGCAAUUGUUCAUUAUUAUUAUUAUUUAUAUUUUAUUAAUUAUUACAAUUAUUUUUUUUUCUUACCAAAUGUUUGUAUAAAAUUAGAAUUAUUAUUAUUAUUAGAUAAAACUGUAAACAAA